GGGUGCGGUGCGGGGUCGAGGCGGUGCCAAGCCUGAGCUGCGGAGCUGUCUGAGCAAGCACCAUUUUCAGCACCGCCAGGAAAAAAGAGAGACAGACAGAGACAUCAGAAAGCAUCUCCCUCCCUCCGUCACCCCCGCCUUGAUCUCACAGAUCGUUCACUCGACCGACAACCAGAGAGAGCUCCUGCUCGCGUUCCGUGGUGUGCAUUAGAAACGGCCGGAGGUCAGAAACAUGUUAUCCUACCAAGGCAAGAAGAACAUCCCGCGGAUCACGAGCGAUCGCUUACUGAUUAAAGGAGGAAAGAUAGUCAACGAUGACCAGUCAUUUUUUGCUGAUAUUUACUUGGAAGAUGGGAUUAUAAAACAACUUGGAGAUAAUCUCAUUGUCCCUGGAGGUGUAAAGACAAUUGAAGCCAAUGGACAGAUGGUCAUACCUGGUGGAAUAGAUGUCCACACUCAUUUGCAAAUGCCAUGCAUGGGCAUGACCGCUGCUGAUGACUUCUACCAAGGAACAAAAGCAGCACUGGCAGGGGGAACCACAAUGAUAAUGGAUCAUGUGCUUUCUGAACCUGAACCUGGAUCAAGCCUUAUUUCUGCCUAUGAGCAGUGGAGAGAAUGGGCUGACAGCAAGUCCUGUUGUGACUACUCUUUACAUAUAGAUAUUACACAUUGGCAUGAGGCUCUGCGUGAAGAGAUGGAAACCUUGGUCAAGGACAAAGGUAUAAAUUCAUUUCUCGUAUUCAUGGCUUACAAAGACCAAUACCAGUGCAGCGACGCACAGAUAUAUGAAAUCUUCAGCAUUAUCCGAGAUCUGGGUGCUAUAGCACAGGUGCAUGCCGAAAAUGGAGAUAUCAUUCAGGAGGAGCAGAAACGAAUGUUGGAGCUUGGAAUUACUGGACCAGAGGGACAUGUUCUUAGUCGGCCAGAAGAGGUUGAGGCUGAAGCAGUGUAUCGUGCAAUCACCAUUGCAAGCCAAGCCAACUGCCCUUUGUAUAUCACCAAAGUCAUGAGCAAGAGUGCUGCAGAUAUCAUUGCACAAGCUCGGAAGAAAGGUGCAGUGGUAUAUGGAGAGCCUGUCACAGCAAGUCUUGGGACUGAUGGAUCCCACUACUGGAGUAAAAACUGGGCUAAAGCUGCAGCCUUUGUCACUUCUCCUCCACUCAGCGUUGAUACGUCUACCCCCGAUUACCUAAAUUCUCUCCUCUCCUGCGGCGAUCUGCAGGUUACUGGCAGCGCUCAUUGUGCCUUUACUACUGCACAGAAAGCAGUUGGAAAAGACGACUUCAGACUGAUCCCGGAAGGAGUUAAUGGUAUUGAAGAAAGGAUGACAAUUAUUUGGGAUAAGGCUGUGGCUACAGGAAAGAUGAAUGAGAAUGAGUUUGUAGCAGUUACAAGUACAAAUGCUGCAAAGAUCUUCAAUCUGUACCCAAGAAAGGGACGAAUUGCUGUUGGCUCUGACGCUGAUUUAGUCAUCUGGGAUCCAGAAGCUGUCAAAAUCAUUUCAGCAAAGACACACAAUCUGGCAAUCGAAUACAACAUAUUUGAAGGAAUGGAAUGUCGUGGUGCUCCUUCUGUUGUUGUAAGCCAAGGUAAAAUUGUACUCGAGUAUGGGACAAUUCAUGCCACAGAGGGCUCAGGGCGCUUCAUUCCCAAGAAGACAUUCCCAGACUAUGUUUACAAAAGAAUAAAAGCAAGAAGCAAGUUGGCUGAAAUUCGAGGUGUUCCAAGGGGGAUUUAUGAUGGUCCUGUCCAGGAUGUCACUGUGGUUCCAAGAGCUAUGACACCCAUUCCAUCAGCUAGAAUGUCUCCGGCUAAACAACCGAUUCAACCACCACGAAACCUUCACCAAUCUGGAUUCACUCUGGCUGGGACACAGGCUGAUGAUCACAUUCCUCGUCGUCCCACUCAGCGCAUCAGUGCACCCCCUGGUGGCCGUUCGAACAUAACAACUCUGGGCUGAAUUUCAACCAGAACGACCUGAUUAAAGUGAUAAUCUCAGAGCCCUAAUAUUGCUGCAGGUUUUGUCAUCCGAGGCUCAGAUAUAUUCUCACAAGCAGCUAUGUGCAGUACAGUAUUUGCUGCAAAGAUGGUCAUGAAGUCACUGCCUUUAGCUGAUAAAUGAUGCAUUUGAAAACUUUUUGAUCUGCCGAUAAUUCAGAGGUACAGUUUUUGUAUUAUAAAAAAACCCACUAAUUUAUAUUAAUAUUUGACUUAAUUGGGAAGUGUGUAAGCAUUGAGACAACUGUUGUUUCAUCGUUGUGACUACGUAAAGUUGUAUUUGUGUUUCAUUUGAAAGCAUGAUAGUGAUAUUGAAAGUAAUGUGUAAUUUACUUCGUAUUACCACAGGAGUCAGACAGUCUAAGACAAUGUAAGACAUACAUUGAUCUCAAAAGCAUUGAGGUUCUGAAGUAUUUUAAUAACUUUCUACAGUCACAUGUCAACUGUAAUUCAAGCUGCUGUGGUGCAGUCUAGUGUUUCAUAUAAUCGCACUGUUUACAGGGUAACCUUUCAAAGUUUUUAACAAUUAACAUGAUGUACAUUUUAGUGAACCAAAAAGUAUAAUUUUUCCUCACAUCAAAUGUGCAUUUUUUUUUAGGUUUAAUCUUAAGUAAGGCCGUGAAUAUUUGUCAAGUAUUGGUGAUGGUGACCUAGUUGAACUGUAAAGGGUACUGAAGGUAAUUUCCACCUGAACACUUGGGCAAGUAAAGUAGCAAAGUGGCUCUGCUGCCUGUUAUAAAACGUAAGCUUUUUUUUAACCCCUUGUAAUCAAUGGCAAUGAUAAUUGGGUGCCUUUUAUAAUGUAUGGGCGAUCUACCAAAUCAGCAAAAAUGAAACUUAACCCCAGUAAAUCUGAAUUGCCUCUUGUACAUCAUCCCUUUCUAUUGCUUCUCUGUAUAAUGGAAACAGUUAUGCUUAAGAUGAGACUAUAGUCCUGCUCAUUUAUCGAAGUUUACUUCUAAAAACUUUCCCUUUACCGGGAUUUCAAUGCCAUUUAUCCUAGUGCAAUUGUCGUAAAACAAUGAGCUAGUUUACUAAAUGGAGAAGUUAGGCUUUCCACUUUUUUAUUAGCCUUAGUGACAGUCAAGAAUGCCAUGAACUUCAAAACAUUGGACUUUGUACAAAAUCCCAAAUUGUAAUCUCCCCAAAUAGUAAUAUCUUAAAAUGGCAGUGGUGUUGUCUUGUAUGUUUAAUAUGUUUUUUGCUUGAAUGUCAUUAGAGUAUCUUGAACUUUUUGAGAAGGCUUGAAUAGUUUAAUAUGUUGUGCAGGCUUCAUUUUUAACUCUUUCUCAAUUGACUUUGGCUCAUUUCUGCUAUUAUGACUUUAGCAGCUUUGCUGUUUUAUAAUUUUAAAAUUUAUGAAGAAUGGUUGAUCUUAACUGAACCAGACUCUGUAAUUCUAAAGUAGUCUGUAACAAAAAUGGGAGCUUUUUGUAUUAGGUGGCUAGAGAGUGCAAUAUUAACCUUUGAACUCUUUACUGGCUGAAUGAAGUGAUCAGAUUAGAUCUGUUGCAUGGAAAUAACAAUGUUUUACAAAACCAUCUCAGAUUUAGUCAAAUUUAAUCUGAUUAUGGAAAACCUAAUCAAUUACUAUCAUAUAUGUAGUUAACUACAUUCAAUUCAAACAGACAUUUGUCUUAUUUCGCAGUAUUACACUUAAAUCUGAUAAUUCAAGUUGAAAUAGAAUGCUUUGAACUGGAUUCUAGCAUUGAUGACCAUCCAUAGUUUAUCUACAUUUGAUUAGAAAGCCAAAACUUUCGGAUGUCUGAAAAAGCACUGUUAGAGUUACUAAUGAAUUUUACAGAACAUACAAAAGCCUGAAAAUUCUUGUUUCAAUCUAAUGGGUCAUCCUUAUCAAAUAAAAAUGUUAUGGAAAA